AUGCCUAAAAGUUGGGCGUAUCUUGAGGCCCUUGCUUGUGCAUGCGUUCUUUGGAUUUUGAUCAAGAAGCUUUCGAAAACAUCCAAGUAUCCUCUCCCUCCUGGACCGCCAGGAGAACCCAUACUAGGACAUCUGCGUGUCGUACCGGUGGGUAAUCCUGAACUGCAGUAUCGUGAAUGGAGUCGACAAUAUGGGGAUGUCCUCUACUUCCAUAUUUUAGGCCAGCCCAUAAUCGUCCUGAACAGUGUGAAAGCCGCCAUCGACCUGCUGGACAAACGUGGCAGCAAUUACUGUGACAGACCAGCAUUCCAUUUAUUCGAGGAGAUGGGCUGGGAAGGGACUCUCACAUUUUUGCGAUGGGGACCUCGGUUCCAGCGUAAUCGGAAACUCAUUCAAAGCUCCUUCACUAAGCCACAGAUUGUCAAGUACCAAGAACUCCAGAUGCGUGAAGCUCGCGUACUUGUCCGAAAUUUGAUGAAAUGCCCAGAAGACUAUGAUCGUCUCAUUCGUCGUUUCGCUACUGCCAUUGUUAUGGACAUUGCUUUUGGCCAUGAAAUCAAGUCGGACGCUGAUCUAUUCAUACAAAUAGCAGCAGAUGCAUCGUAUGCUUUGGGGCAUGGAGGCGCUCCAGCAGGGACUACGGUCAAAUAUCUACCAAACUGCCUGUCAUUUCUGUCCCGUUCUCUUCAAUUCGCUCGUAACUGGAAAUGGGCUAUCAGGAAAGUGCACGACAUUCCAUUCGCAGCUGUGGAGACCCAGAUCAAAGAGGGAAAUGCUCGUCCAUCCAUUACACAAAGCUUUCUUGACCGUCUAGCCGCUAACGCUGAGAAGGGUAUCCAAGAUGACCUGAAACGUGAAGAUGUGAAGGGUGCUGCAGGAGCUAUCUAUGCUGCCGGUCAGGACACUACGUGGUCUACUAUUGUUGUCUUCCUCGUCAAUGUCAUUUUCCAUCCUGAAAUUGUAGCAAAAGCUCAAGCUGAACUUGAUGCCGUUGUUGGAUCCGACAGGCUACCUACUUUUACCGACCGUCUAAAUCUCCCUUAUAUCGAUCGUAUCGUGCAAGAGACCUUCCGAUCGUAUCCUGUAUCACCCAUUGGUGUGCCGCAUAAGUCGUUGGAAGACGAUGUAUAUCGUGACAUGUUCAUCCCGAAGGGUUCCUUCGUCAUCGCCAACGCUUAUAGUAUGUGUCACGACGAAACAGUCUAUAAGGACCACGAAGUCUUCAACCCAGAUCGCUACGCUCCGAUCUCAGAGGGAGGUCAUGGAGAGCCUUUUCCACUGGGCCAAUUUGGGUUUGGUAGGAGAAUUUGCCCAGGAAGGCAUCUUGGAGACGCGAGUGUUUUUAUAGUGAUAGCUACGAUGCUUCAUACCCUUGAUAUCGGCAGACGAGUUGAUGCCCGUGGAGAGUUUAUCAACCCUGUAGUCAAGCAUACAGCAGGACUUACAUGUCAUCCUGAGAUGUUUGAAUGUAGUAUUCGUGCUCGAUCUCGCCAGAUGGAGGAACUCGUUUGUAAUGCAACUUUGUAG